CGGGGCGGGAGGCCGCGCCAUGUGGGGUCGCGCCGAUAGGGCUGUUAAACUGCUGGGAAGAAAUAUUCCCUCAAUCCUGAGGAUGACUAAAGGUGUGGAUCCGAAGAUGAGCAGAAGGCUUUGUGUUAAACCCCAGGAAGACAGUCAACUUCAGCCGAGAAGUCGGUCUCCUUUGAGGGUGCCUGGACACAAACCUACGGACUGGGAGAAAAGAUUUUUGUUGUGGGCAGGCCACUUCAAAAAACCAGAAGAUAUACCAGAGACUGUCUCGAUCGAAACAAUCAGAGCAGCGAAGACCACACUGCGUGUGAAGUUCAGCUAUGUAAUGAUUGCGUUGACAAUACUGGGAUGCGUAGUCAUGGUGAUUAAAGGGAAGCAGGCUGUAAAAAGGCAUGAAUCUCUUACAAGCCUAAACUUGGAGAAGAAAACCCAAUGGAGAGAGGAAGCUGCCCAGAGUACAUCUGCUAAACCUUAGAGGAUGAAACGAAGAGACCAAGGACUGGGGAAGAAAAGCUGAUGACCUUUUCAGCGCUGGAAGGAGGAUAUAGUCACAUCUUUCCUGUAUGUUAGUUCUGUACUCUCACAUUCAAGAAGGAAUGAAUACAUUAUCCUGUAAUCAUUAAAACCAGAAACACCUAU